CAUUCGUCUCUAGUGCGCAAAGGUCAACAAAUGUGCCAACUCGAGAUUUUCUGCUAGCGUCUCAUCUUCUCGCAAUUGGCCGGUCAGGUCCCGUGCUUGGGGGUCCUCAGUCUGAAUCCUCCACUAGCAUCUCCCCUUCUCUAUCAGGCAGCUUCGACCUUCGAGCUGGGCAGCGAUGGAGGAGAGCAUGAACAGCAGCGGCAGCAACGGAGUGCGGGUGUGCGUCACCGGAGGCGCCGGGUUCAUCGCCUCCUGGCUCGUCAAGAAGCUCCUCGAGAAAGGCUACACCGUCCACGCCACCCUCCGGGACGUCGGCGACGAGGACAAGGCGGGGCUGCUGCGGCGGCUCGUCCCCGGCGCGGCGGAGUCGGGGCGGCUGCUGCUGUUCCAGGCGGACCUCUACGACGCCGCCACGUUCGCGCCGGCCAUGGCGGGGUGCCGGUUCGUCUUCCUCGUCGCCACGCUGUUCCAGCACGACGCCACGAGCGCCAAGUACAAGAGCACGGCGGAGGCCAUCGUGGACGCGGUGCGCGCGAUCCUUCGGCAGUGCGAGGAGUCCAAGACGGUGAAGCGCGUGAUCCACACCGCCUCCAUAUCCGCCGCUUCGCCGCUGAUGAAGCCCGGCUCCGGCGCCGCCGGGUACAAGGAGUUCAUCAGCGAAUCUUGUUGGACUCCCCUCGAUGUUGACUACCCUCUCCGAAGCGCGCACUUCGAUAAGUACAUAUUGUCGAAGGUGCAGUCGGAGCGGGAACUCCUGAGCUACAACGCCGGCGAGAGCCCGGCGUUCGAGGUGGUGACCCUGCCCCUGGGCCUCGUCGCCGGCGACACGGUCCUCGGCCGCGUCCCGGAGACGAUAGAGAGCGCCGCGUCGCCCGUGUCCCGCAACGAGGCCUACUCCGGGCUCCCGCGUAUACUGCAGCAGCUCCUGGGCUCGCUGCCGCUGGUGCACGUCGACGACGUCUGCGACGCGCUCGUCUUCUGCAUGGAGCGGCCCUCCGCCGCCGGCCGGUUCCUCUGCGCCGCCGCGUACCCGACCAUCCACAACGUCGCCGGCCACUUCGCCGAGAAGUUCCCGCACCUCGACAUCCUCAGAGAGACGGAGGCGGUGGCGAGGGUGCCACCUGAGGGGGACAAGUUGGGGGAGCUGGGUUUCAGGUACAAGUACGGGAUGGAGGAGAUUCUUGACAGCAGCGAUGGCUGCGCGGCGAGAUUGGGUUCUCUUGACGCAACCAGGCUCAACCUGCAGAAAGGAUAAAAAAUAACCUGGAAGGCUAAACUAGCAGCAGGAUGGAUGGACUGCGUGCUGUUGUUCGCUGUGCAUUUUGCAUGUUCCAAAUUCGCCACUAGGCGUAUCUACAGAAAUAAGACGAGAUAAAUUUGGUCCUGUUUGGCACAAAGCUUCUUUUUUGUUUUAUAGAUGGAAACCGUUUGAAAUGAGCUGGAAAGAUGUAUCCGAACAUCAAACAUUUAAUUGUAGUGUCGUAGGGAGACAAUUGAUAUGAUAUCUCCUUUUUAUCUACAUGUGUAUUUUUUUAGAAUAUUUACAUUACAUGUGUA